AUGAAUAAACUCCGAACGUUGUACGAAAAACACAUCGACUCCCACGCGGUCUCCGCGCUCGAUGAUGAUGGUCAUGUUCUUCUCUACAUCGACCGCCAGGUCGCUAACGAGUACACCAGCCCACAGGCUUUCAGUGGCCUGCGCGAAGCGGGCAGAAAGGUCUGGCGUCCGUCUGCGACGCUUGGCGUGGUUGAUCACGUAAACCCAACGUCGCCGAUUCGAACGGCAACCAUGCCCGACGCUGGAGGUGCGCGACAAGUUUCCUAUUUUGGCGAAAACUGUCGGGACUUCGGCAUCGAGCUGUUUGAUGUGCUGGAUAAACGUCAGGGCAUCGAGCAUGUCAUCGCCCCGGAACAAGGCUUCAUUUUGCCGGGGAUGGUGAUCGCCGCCGGUGAUAGCCAUACCACUACUUACGGUGCCUUGGGCGCCUUUGGUUUUGGCAUUGGCACCUCGGAGAUCGAGCAUCUGCUGGCGACCCAGACGUUGGUCUAUAAACGCCUGAAAACUAUGCGGGUGACCGUGAUGGGGACGCUUGGCGACGGAGUUACGUCGAAGGACAUCAUCAUGGCUUUGAUUGGUCAGAUCGGGGCUUCAGGGGCAACCGGUUUUGCCAUUGAAUUUAAUGGCCAGACCAUCACUGAUCUAUCUGUGGAAGCACGGAUGACCAUCUGCAAUAUGGCUGUGGAAGCCGGUGCGCGGGGUGCAUUCAUGGCACCCGAUGAAAAAGUCUACGCGUACCUUAGCGACAAGCCCCGCGCGCCAAAGGGGGCUCUGUGGGAGCAGGCUAUAACCUGCUGGAAAGAGCUGUACACCGAUCCGGGCGCAACAUUCGACGCCCAGGUCGACAUCGAUGCCAGCCAAUUGCAACCGAUGGUCACAUGGGGUACUAGCCCGGACCAGACGGUGCACAUUGGCGAGCGGCGGGCCUUACGGUACAUGGGCCUGGAAGCCGGCGCGUUACUUAGCGAGGUUCCCAUCAGUCAUGCCUUUAUCGGCUCUUGCACCAAUGCCCGCAUCGAAGACCUGCGCGAUGCUGCCAGAGUGAUUCGUGGGCGCAAGGUGGCAGCCCACGUGCGAGCGAUGAUCGUGCCGGGAUCUACCCAGGUGCGCGAGCGGGCUGAAGCAGAAGGUUUGGCGCAGAUUUUUCUCGACGCUGGUUUUGAAUGGCGGCAGUCGGGUUGCUCCAUGUGCCUGGCCAUGAAUGACGACGUGUUGGCUCCCGGUGACCGCUGCGCCUCCAGCACCAACCGUAACUUCGAAGGCCGUCAGGGUGCAGGUGCGCGCACUCACUUGAUGAGCCCGGCCAUGGUUGCUGCGGCGGCUAUCAGCGGCCACCUGACCGACGUUCGCAAACUCGCCCAGGAGGCU